ACGAAUGGCUGACUUAUUUCAAGAGGUACUUUUUCCACCCUCCCCUCUUCACUAGUAUUUUGUUGAAAUUAGGAUAAAGACUGCAACUUUUAUGAGCUUUUACUCUUGUAAUGUGCUAGAUCUAUGCUCUGUGCAACUGUCUGCAGCCUUUAUGCUGAAGGAUCUUUGUGGUUUUCAUUUGCUAACAUGCAUGGAAAUGAGAACAAAUGGCACGACAGUUAAGAUUGCAUUUUGCGACCAAGAGAAGCAAUACGGAUCCAUUAUCAGAAACCUCUGAAGAUGUUUUGGAUAGUAACAAUCUCAUGUACUUCAAAAACCCUUCACAGAACUCUGCACCUAAUAUCGUACAACUUAAGCCAACUCCUAGACAAGUUGCCUAUGCACCUAUAAUGCAGGAAAUAAUUAAUCAACAAGAAAAUGCAACUCUUUCUUCAUUACAAAAAAAAAGGAGCACUUCACUGCACAUUUCUCUGCAGUCGAGAAAGCAUAAUGGAUGUUUUCAGCCUGGUGAUGGUGUAGCUACUAGUGAAGACACUUCAUUCAUCAGUAUUGGUAAUGAAGGAAACUGUGGCGCUCGAACUGUGGUUGAUCAUCGAUCUAAUGAUGGCCAUCUGAGCAGUACCGCUGUGUGCAAUGGCAGUGUCAGCAGUAUCGCAGCCAGUGACAAUGGAUCCUGCAGUAGUGCUGGCAGUGACUAUGGAUCGUGCACAAGUACCACAAGUGAUGGAGGUUCGUAUACCAACAGUAUCAUCAGCGACAGUAGUAGUUGUACUCCUUCAAUAGGUGAUGGUACUUUCUAUAAUAAUGUUGUAUAUGGCAACUCUUCAUAUAGAAACAUAACAAACAAAUGUAAACCGUAUAGGAACAGCUCAUCUCAGGAAACUCUGUGUAGAAGUAACACUACUUUUGACCAGGAUGCUUUGUCGGUGAAGAAGAAAACUAAAAUUCCACUGCGACGUUGUUCAUCAUUGGUAAUCUUCCCUAGGAGUCCUUCCAGUACCCCUCCAACUUCUCCAAUAAACUCGGGUCAGCUACCACAGAGAGGGGUCUAUCAAACAUCCCAUAAACUACUCAUUUCUCCUACUGAGCUGGCGCAAAAAAAAGAUCAAACCAUUCCCAAGGGAUUCCUUUCAACAGCAGUCAAUGGACUUCGACUAUCUAAAACAGUUUGCUCUUCUGGUGAAGUUAGAGAUGUUCGACCACUUUACAUGAAUAGUUCAUUACAGGACAAAAGUCAAAUUUUGAAUAGUUCUGAGCAGGCAACUUGUGAAGAAGUAUCUGAUGGCUUCUCUUGUAUUUCAGUUCAUCUCACUCAAAGAGCAUUUGCAUCAAGUAGUGAAAUGGUUAAUGGCUGUUGCAGUCUGGAGUUAAAUCUGAACUCCAGUGCAAAAUAUCCUCAUAUAAAACUGGAACGUAGCACAUCUGCAUGUUUACCCUCAAAAACAGAUUCAGAAUAUCAGAUCAAUAUAAAUGAACUAGAAAAACCAAAUGCACAGAUGAGCAGAACUCACCAUGUUUUGCAAAGAAGUGUUUCGUUAGAAGGAUCGUGUCAAAAAGUUUCUUGCUGUUUAUCCAGUCUAAAAUGCAAGUGUCAAAAUGCAAGGACGUCUCAGUUGCACAUACAGUUCAAACCUGGGAAUGAAGCAAAAACAAGUGGUGUUAAGAAAAGAUAUGGAACCUCUAAGAGGGAAUUGUCUAGCAGUUCUUUGUGGAGGCCCCAUAAGACUCGAGAUGAUUUUCUUGGGCAAGUGGAUAUUCCUCUUCAUCAGUUACCGACAGAAAAUCCCAGUAUGGAGAGACCAUAUACGUUUAAGGAUUUUGUUCUUCAUCCAAGAAGCCAUAAAUCAAGAGUUAAAGGCCACCUUAGAUUAAAAAUGACUUACUUACCGAAGAACAAUGGGUCUGAAGAAGAAACCACAGAACAGGCUGAAGAAUUGGAGCCUGGAUGGAUUAUACUGGACCAACCAGAUGCUGCUAGCCAGCCACAACAGCAGCAACGGGAAUCUCCUCCACUGCCUCCAGGCUGGGAAGAAAGACAAGAUAUCCUCGGCAGGACCUACUAUGUCAAUCAUGAAUUCAGAAGAACACAGUGGAAAAGACCAACUGCUCAGGACAAUGUAGCUGUUGCAGAUAUCGGUAACAUUCAGUUGGAGGCCCAACAUGCAUUCACCCAUCGACGACAGAUAUCAGAGGAUACGGAAAAUCUAGACAGCAGAGAUUCCCCUGAGAGCUGGGAAAUUAUAACAGAAGAUGAGGCAACAACGUACAGCAGUCAGAACCUUCAAAUACCUCUCCCACAGAGUAAUUGUGAUAUACAGACUCAUCUUGCAGAAGAACUGAAUACCAGACUUACUACUUCUGGAAAUUCAGCUACUGGCCAGUCAGCAGUCUACACUAACCAUUCCAGCAGAAGAGGUAGUCUGCAAACAUACAGAAUUGAAGAACAGCCUGCACUUCCAGUGUUACUGCCUACUUCAUCUGGAUUACCCCCAGGCUGGGAAGAAAGACAAGAUGAAAAAGGAAGGUCAUAUUAUAUAGAUCACAAUUCUAGAACUACUACUUGGAUAAAGCCAGUUGUACAGAUUGCUAUGGAAGCAGGUCAGUUGUCAAGUGCCCAAAGUAUUUCUAUAGGACGGCAACCACAGGCAACAUCAAGUGAUUCAUUACAACAGUCUUCUAAGCAGCAGCCUGAAAUGGAACAAGGAUUUCUCCCUAAAGGCUGGGAAGUCCGACAUGCACCUAAUGGGAGACCGUUCUUUAUUGACCACAAUACGAAAACUACUACAUGGGAAGAUCCAAGAUUGAAAAUUCCUGCUCACCUGAGGAGAAAGACUUCCCUUGAUCCAGUAGACCUAGGGCCAUUACCACCAGGAUGGGAAGAGAGAACUCACACAGAUGGAAGAAUAUUCUACAUAAACCACAAUACAAAGAAAACACAGUGGGAAGAUCCUCGACUGCAGAAUGUGGCAAUAACUGGACCAGCUGUGCCUUACUCCAGGGACUAUAAACGGAAGUAUGAGUUCUUCAGAAAGAAAUUGAAGAAACAGAGUGAUAUUCCAAAUAGAUUUGAAAUGAAAAUUCAUCGCACAACAAUCCUUGAAGAUUCUUAUAGAAGAAUUAUAGCUGUAAAGAGAGCAGAUUUCCUUAAAGCAAGACUUUGGAUUGAAUUUGAUGGUGAAAAAGGUUUAGACUAUGGUGGAGUGGCCAGGGAAUGGUUCUUCCUUCUCUCUAAAGAAAUGUUUAAUCCUUAUUAUGGAUUGUUUGAAUAUUCUGCUGCAGAUAACUAUACUCUGCAGAUCAAUCCAAAUUCAGGACUGUGCAAUGAAGAUCAUCUCUCUUAUUUCAAGUUUAUAGGUCGUGUAGCUGGAAUGGCUGUUUAUCAUGGUAAACUUCUGGAUGCCUUUUUUAUUCGUCCUUUCUACAAGAUGAUGCUCCAAAAACCAAUAACACUUCAUGAUAUGGAGUCAGUGGAUAGUGAAUAUUACAAUUCUCUGAGAUGGAUUCUUGAAAAUGAUCCAACAGAACUGGACCUCAGGUUUAUAGUUGAUGAAGAACUCUUUGGGCAGACCCAUCAGCAUGAACUGAAAAGUGGUGGAUCAGAAAUAGUUGUCACCAACAAGAACAAGAGAGACUAUAUUCAUCUUGUAAUUCAAUGGAGAUUUGUGAGCAGAGUACAGAAACAAAUGGCAGCCUUUAAAGAGGGCUUUUUUGAACUAAUACCACAGGAUCUGAUUAAAAUUUUUGAUGAAAAUGAACUAGAGUUAUUAAUGUGUGGACUGGGAGAUGUGGAUGUGGCUGACUGGAAACUACAUACAAAAUAUAAAAAUGGCUACAACGUAAACCACCAAGUCAUACAGUGGUUCUGGAAGGCAGUCUUAAUGAUGGACUCUGAAAAGAGAAUAAGAUUACUUCAGUUUGUUACUGGCACAUCACGUGUACCUAUGAAUGGGUUUGCUGAGCUGUAUGGUUCAAAUGGACCACAGUUGUUUACAGUUGAACAGUGGGGUACCCCUGAAAAACUGCCAAGAGCUCAUACCUGCUUCAAUCGCUUGGAUUUGCCUCCAUAUGAAUCGUUUGAAGACUUAUGGGACAAACUUCUUUUAGCGAUUGAAAAUACUCAGGGUUUUGAUGGGGUUGAUUAGGCCACAGGUAUAAACUAUAUUGGUCCAGUGCUGCAUUUUAAUUUUAAGGGUUUACAAACAAAUUUGAAAUUUCCAGGGACUACUGUUCUCUUUAGUCACUUGGCUAUUAAAUCUUCAUAGUAUCACUUGUAAAAUAAGUAAGUAUUAAGAAUUCACUAACUUUUGAAAAUGUAUUUUGCCAUUUCCACAGUUUUGUGUAUUUUGCUAAUAACAACAGUAUAUGCAUUGAAUAGGCCGGUACCAAGUAAAGGUCAAAAACUAAAAUGUCUUUAAGCACUUGCCUCUUCUACAAUAUUUGCCAGUUUGUUCUACAGUAAACUACUGAAAUAAAACUAAGAGAGGGGAAAAAAAAAGAAAAAACUUUGCAGAGGGUAUAAAUUUGGAUUACUACUUUAAGAGAAACAACUGAAAUAGUUAAAAAUGUUUUUAAAAAAAUAAAAGACUUCAUGUAAUGCAAUAUUGUAAUCUGCUGCUUCAGGCUGUUUGCUACAGAUCUGCCCAAAGCACCUUACAAUUCAGCAUAUUAGGUAAAACAUUGGAAGGCAUUUGUUUGCAUUAUCAGCUAUCAGUUUGCAGAACAUUGGCUUGCUAAUGCAUUUUAUUUGUUAGAUUUCUGUUUCUGAUUUACUUUUGUUAAAACAGUGUAACAAAAUCAGGACUUUUUAUAUAAGAGACUCAAGCAGCGUAAUUCUGAAUUGUAAUGAUAAAUUAUAUCCUUUUUUGUCUGAAUUUGUAUACUUCAUUGGUUUAUUGAGUGUUCAUCACUUUUUUGAUAAAUUUGACAUUUAAUAAGGGAUAAUAAUUUCAAUUCAGCCUUUUGCAACAAUUUUGAAGCAAAAUUUGUAUGGAUAUCACAGCAUAUUCGUUACUGGUAGUUCGAGGCCUUUAUUAUCCAUUCUUGCAGUAUUGCACUACGUAACAAUAAAGGACAUGUUUACAGGAUUUUUCUGGGCCAAAUUCAGCAGUCUGAUGUGUGCAGACUUCUGUGAACUCUGUGGAAGUUAUGCACAUUAACUAGAGGCAAAAUUUGGUCCUGUAAUAUGUUUACAGGUUAUACUAGUUUCUAUAGCUGCAUUUUUAUAUUUUUAUUUCUCCACUGUUAGUCUAGAAACCAAAUUUGUUAAUACAAUAUAACCAAAGUCAUAACCAACAAUGUGCAAUUUAUUGUAGAUCAACUCUUCAUAUAAAUGUUUGAUUUCUUUUGUAAAUGUGGAUAUUUUUUGUAUUGUUAGCACUCUUUGUUUGAGCAAGUGCUAGUUAAAAUGAUUAUCAAAUCCAGUUCUAAAAAAAAAUAUUCGUUCAUAUAUCUGACUUUAAUUUGAACAUUUUGUUACCAAUAUGAUCUGAGGAAAUGACAGUAUCUAGCUUUGGCCAGCAGAUUUCUGUUUAAUCACAGUCUUUAUAAAUAUGCAAGAAGGAAGUGUAGCACAUCUCUAUAAAGAUAUGUAAAUUAUGUAACAAAUGUAAUGGGUCUUAAAGGGAUAUUUAAAAUCCCCAUUUGUUCUAUUCUUUGACUAGGUCUUUAGGGCUGAGAAUAUUACAUGUAAAUAAAGGUAACUUAUACAAAUUUUCUGAAUCUAUAUGCAGUUUUGUAAAACAUAGAAUGAUAUAUCAGUAAAUCUGUAUAGAUUUGAAUGUAGCAGUAUGUGUUGCAUACUUUAAAGUAAAAAUAAGGAUCCUGAAAGCAGUAAAUAAAAGUUUAUUCUAAUAAAAA